CCAUCGACCAUCGACUGUUGCAACAUCAACUUCCAUCAUGAACACGGAUGCUGCUGGGAACGGAAAAAGAGUGAAGGUGCCGUCUACUUCCUCCGAUCUGGAGUCCUCGAAUGCACCGAACUCGAAGAAGGCCCGGAAUGAAGACGAGACCCCAUCUGGGCUUCCCUCACCUAAUAUGACAACUUUUGGAACUCUGAAUGAUACGAGGUCAGCACAGGCUUCGCCUGCUCAGCCUGAACCUCGUCGUGCCGAUGUCGACCGCAAUAAUGGUUUUGAUCAAGGGAAGGUUGACCCAGCCAUGGACAAGCGUUAUGAUUCGACUGUCGGGAUUGGUUCGACGUUUAGUCAGGAAACCGAGAAUGGCACCAUCAUGUGCAAGUCAUGUAAAUCGAAGCACAAGCUGUUCGUCUGGGCUGAGCUAAUAUCGACAAAUUCGAAGUGCGAAAACGUGAAGAUGGGCAAAGUGAGCAACUGUGGCUCGGAAGACCAGAGUGACUAUCCACCGGACGAUCUCCCACGCCCUGUGCAAGAGGGCCUUGAUCACAAAGCUACGUCAGGAGAGAACUUAGCUGCUGCUGGAUAUCUCCUUGGGCGCAGUGAAGAGUGUGAUGUUAUCAUCAGGGAUCCGCAAAUCUCGAAUCGCCACUGCCUGGUAUACAAGGAGACGCUUUCCUCCGGUAACCUAGCAGUCUUCAUCGAAGAUAUGUCCGCGAAUGGAACCUAUAUCAACGGCCAAAAGCUGGGCCGAAACAACCGUCAUCGGUUACACAACGGAGACGAAAUCUCACUGACACACGGUAGGGGCAAAGAUGAAGACGUGUCCUUCAUUUUCAAACAGUCGCGAGGCAAGAAAGGAAAGGGCAAGACAUUCGACGAAACAUUUAUCCUCGGGAAAACGCUGGGUAGUGGACAUUUCGCCGAGGUAAAACUCGGUAUAGAGAGGGCUUCAGGGACGCAGUUCGCCAUCAAAGUCUUCAAGAGGAAGCCACAUCAGAGGAGCAAAGAUGCCGGAAACUUGGCGCAGGAGAUCGGGAUUCUCAUGGGUGCUACACAUCCCUACAUCACAUGCAUCCGCGAAGUCUUUGACGAAGAUCAAUUCAUAUACAUUGUAAUGGAACUCGCCCCCGGCGGCGAACUCUUCGACCUCGUCAUCGAACGUCGAAAGCUCACCGAAAACGAAACGCGACACAUCUUCCUCCAACUCCUCACUGGGUUGAAGUAUCUGCAUGAACGGAACAUCGUGCAUAGAGAUAUUAAGCCUGAGAAUAUUCUGGUGAUGGAUAAGGGGAACAUGAGUAUCAGGCUUGCAGAUUUUGGGUUGGCGAAGAUUGUGGGAGAGGAUAGUUUUACGACCAGUUUGUGUGGGACGCCGAGCUAUGUUGCACCGGAGAUACUGGUCAAUUCCACACAUAGAAAGUACGGACAUCCUGUAGAUGUUUGGAGUUGUGGUGUGGUUCUCUACAUCUGUUUGUGCGGCUUCCCACCGUUCAGCGAUGAACUUGCUCCGCCGUCAAUGCAAGAGCAGAUCAAAACAGCCAAGUUCGAGUUCCCAUCGCCAUAUUGGGACCCCAUCUCUGAUCCCGCACUACACCUCAUUGAGCGGAUGCUCACCGUGGACCCGAAUGAGCGCAUCACCGUCGCCGAAGCCCUCGAACACCCGUGGAUGAAAGGCCUACAACCGGAAGCUUACAGCAAUGCAUCGACUCCUCUCGACAUCUUCUCCCUAGUCGACCUCGACAUCACCCGCCGUACCGGAAUUGUUCGAGAGCGCACCAAACUGGCGGACAUGAACCCUAAAGAAGCCGCGGAGAUUGGGGAAACGAAGGUUGUGAGGCCUAACGUCGAUGAAGACGAUAGUGACAAGACGAAGCUGGAUGAGAUGGAGAGGGCUAGGGAGACGUUUAUGGCAAUGGGGGAGAGUGAUCCGGAUGCGACGAUUUAUGAUGAGGAGAAUGAGAUUCCGGCGACGCAGCUUGAUGAGACGGUAGAGGAGAGUUACGAUUAGGGUAUUGAGGUGAUAAGGAAGGGAAGGGAAAAGGGAGAGGAGGGAUGGAA